UCCACCCACAUAAUACCGGAUGAACUUGACAGAAUGAACGGGAAACGUUUACAAGUUUCGUCCUCCCGCAGCAGCAGCCGUCGACUUUGAAUUCUAGUUCAUCACUAUUUCAUAAUUUGUUCAUUUAUUUCUUCACAAUACGGAAAUACGACAUACUGAGUCAUGUGAAGUGUGAAGACAUACGAAACGCGAGGACAGUAUUGACGUUCAGUAUUGAUGUCCGUUACAGCGUAAACAUGUCGGAACCGAGAGUAAAGCGAAUAAAAACUUGCCUUCCCCUCUGUAAAACACAUAUAUCUUCUGCUGGGAGUCUGGCGAGGCAAAACUUCCCGACUGUUGUGGAGGAAAGUCUGUGUGGAGUUUCCACUUUGCUUAUGGAGGUCUCUUACAGACUGGAAGCGCUGGCCAAAAUCUUUGAGCAGAGUGAUCUGGCUUUACCCAGAGUGUCUGCGUAUUUUCAUCAGGAAUCAUUAAAGGAACUAGAUCGGGCAGAGGCAAUGCUGCAGUAUAUGUCCCAGCGCGGAGGAAAAUACUGCAGUAAGAACAUCCAGAGGCCAGGCACUGAAGAGGUGUGCGCCGUCCUUCCUGCUCUGGAGAUCAUGCUUAACCAGUGGAAGGAGGAGAUGAGCGUCAUGCUGGAGCUGAAUCAGCUGGCGCAUGAGUAUGGAGAUCCACACACCGCCAGCGUAAUCAAGAGUCAGUUCAUUCAGCCCCUCGUCCCAAAGGUCAAACUCAUCGGUGACCUCUUGACCAGUGCUCGCAGAGUGGGCUGCACCGGUGACAGCACGGGUGGCUUCGGCGAGUACCUCAUUGACCAGCUACAAGAGACUCUGACAACCGCUUAGACUUCCUCUUUGUUAAUCAUUUAGGAACCAUGUUUGCACUGUAAAAAGUGAUCAUUCAAAGUAAUAUGUAAAACAAAGAUUAUUGGAGUAUCUUUUACAAGAAUAGCCUAUUUCAUCUUAAUAUUUCAACUUAAUUAUUUCAUUUCAACGAAAUAAUUUUGUGUUUAAUUCAAUGUGUUACUUGCCAUUUCUUUGUAAUUAUUUGUGAAAUUGACUAGCCUAAUAAUGGUUCAAAGUAAAUCCUACACCUGAUUUUUUGAGUGUGUGUCUUUGGCCCUUAAACAGAUUACAUAUUGCAUAUGUCUGAGACAGAUUACAAUUGGUCCAAAAGGGGAAAUAAAGUGCAUAAAUGCACUCACAAUAGUGCCAGUUUUGUAUGUAACAAGUCUCUCCAGUUGUAGAUUUUUAAUGUCAUUCCAGUAAAAUCAAUGUAUUCUUCAGUGACAGUAAGCCGAAUAAGAGUUUAAACUUCAUUGUCACAACUUUUAAUUUUCCAAAACUAUAUUUUUUUGGAAAAUUAAAUAUUUUAGAAUAUUUUACCUUGUCUUCUAUGUUUUGACUUUUGAAAGUUAUCCUGCACUGUUUUUAAUAAACACAAUUUAUAUGUGUAC